UGGUUGGCAAAGUGGAAAAACUCGAAAUUCGCAAUUGAAUAAUGGUGAAGACUACCUACCUAUCCCAAAAUAAAAGUAGUGAAGACUAAUCGACAAGGCAAAAUACGUGCUGUUCAAGGAAAGCCUCUCACCAAAGAUUUAAUAUAAAUAUGUUUUUAAACAGCUGAAACAUAAAACAGAAGGCUAUUUGGCCACAAAGUUGGAAUAACUGGACAAAUUUCCAACUACCCUUUUGAAAUUUUGGUAGGUAACAGUUUGGGAGGCCCCACCCCCACGAUGGACUCUGAGAAUGGAUUUAGUGAUCCUACUGACCUGCAUGAGGCCAGCACAUCGAAAAUCCAGGAAGAGCCUGACAAAGUCUCCGGUUCCAACGGAGACAAUCUAGAAAGUAAGAAGGUUGAUGAUGAGAAAACUAACACGGUUCCGUUUUACAAGCUGUUUGCAUUUGCCGAUUCAAGGGAUACCUUGUUGAUGAUCGUCGGCACAAUAGGCGCGGUCGGUAACGGUAUAUGUAUGCCCCUUAUGACUAUCCUGUUUGGGGAUCUCAUUGAUGCUUUUGGUGAAAAUCAAAAUGACGACAGAGUGGUUGAUGUUGUCUCCAGGGUUGCUUUGAGAUUCGUCUACCUGGCUGUAGGUGCAGGGGUGGCAGCGUUCCUUCAGGUGACCUGUUGGAUGGUCACAGGUGAGCGACAAGCAGCUCGAAUAAGGGGAUUGUACUUGAAAACCAUAUUGAGGCAAGAUGUUGCUUUCUUUGAUGUGGAAACCAACACGGGAGAGGUUGUUGGAAGAAUGUCUGGGGACACAGUUCUCAUACAGGAUGCCAUGGGUGAGAAGGUUGGGAAGUUUAUACAGUUGGUAUCCACAUUUAUUGGAGGUUUUGUUAUAGCCUUUGUGCAAGGAUGGCUUCUUACCCUUGUCAUGUUGUCUUCUAUCCCUCCCAUUGUAAUAUCUGGUGGAGUCAUGGCCCUUAUAGUAUCCAAGAUGGCAUCCCGUGGACAAAGUGCUUAUGCUAAAGCUGCCUCUGUAGUCGAACAGACAAUUGGUUCCAUCAGAACUGUUGCAUCAUUUACUGGUGAGAAGCAAGCCAUUAGCAAUUACAACAAGUUUCUCGGGGCUGCUUAUACAUCGGGAGUUCAUGAAGGCUUUGCCGCCGGACUAGGCCUUGGCGUGCUUUUUCUAGUCAUAUUCUGCAGUUAUUCUUUGGCUAUAUGGUUCGGUGCAAGGAUGGUUUUGGACAGAGGGUACAGCGGUGGUGAUGUAAUUAAUGUGAUUUUUGCUGUAUUGACCGGUUCCAUGUCCCUGGGGCAGGCAUCCCCAUGUGUGACCGCAUUUGCAGCUGGUCAAGCAGCAGCGUUUAAGAUGUUUGAGACCAUCAAAAGGAAGCCAGAGAUCGACUCUUAUGACACAAGGGGCAAAGUAUUGGAGGACAUUCGUGGGGAUAUAGAACUAAGGGAUGUUUAUUUCACUUACCCUGCUAGACCAGAUGAGCAAAUUUUCAGUGGCUUCUCUCUUUCUAUUCAAAACGGCACAACAGUGGCUUUGGUCGGACAAAGUGGAAGUGGGAAAUCGACCGUGAUAAGUCUCAUUGAGAGAUUUUAUGAUCCACAUGCUGGUGAAGUUCUUAUCGAUGGCAUUAACCUCAAGGAGUUUCAACUUAGAUGGAUCAGGGGAAAGAUUGGUCUUGUUAGCCAGGAGCCUGUAUUGUUCACAUCAAGCAUUAGGGAUAACAUUGCCUAUGGAAAGGAAGGUGCCACCACUGAAGAGAUACGAGCUGCAGCUGAGCUUGCAAAUGCCUCUAAGUUCAUCGAUAAGCUGCCUCAGGGACUAGAUACCAUGGUUGGAGAGCAUGGAACUCAGCUUUCUGGUGGACAAAAGCAAAGAGUGGCAAUAGCAAGAGCAAUUCUGAAGGACCCUCGGAUUUUACUUCUAGACGAAGCCACGAGUGCACUAGAUGCAGAAUCUGAAAGAGUAGUUCAAGAAGCAUUGGAUAGGAUAAUGGGCAAUAGGACAACUGUCAUUGUUGCUCAUCGUUUGAGUACCGUGAGAAAUGCAGAUAUGAUUGCUGUAAUUCACCGAGGAAAGAUGGUCGAAAAAGGUUCACAUUCAGAACUACUCCAGGAUCAUGAGGGAGCUUACUCUCAGCUUAUCCGAUUACAAGAAGUAAAUAAAGAGUCGGAACAGGCAACGGAGUCAUCUGACAUUGCUUCAGAAUCAUUUAGACGUUCAAGCCUAAAAAAGUCAUUGAAGCGCUCAAUCAGUAGGGGAUCAUCUAUGGGAAAUAGCAAUCGCCAUUCGUUCUCAGCAUCUUUUGGUUUACCUACUGGAAUGAAUGCCGCCGAUCUUGCAAUGGCAGACGCAGAAAACCCUGCUGAACUACCAUCAGAAAAAGCUCCAAAGGUUUCCGUCCGCCGACUUGCUUACCUCAACAAGCCAGAGAUUCCUGUUAUCCUACUCGGAACUAUAGCUGCAGCAGCCAACGGUGUAAUAUUUCCAAUUUUUGGUAUCCUAAUUUCCAGUGUAAUCGACACAUUCUUUAAACCACCUCAUGAAUUGAGAGAAGAUUCAAGGUUCUGGGCACUGAUAUUCUUGGCCCUUGGCGCGGCAGCAUUUGUGGUAUGUCCAGCACAAAAUUACUUCUUUUCAAUCGCUGGAAGUAAAUUAAUCCAACGAAUCAGAUCGAUGUGUUUUGAGAAAGUGGUCCGCAUGGAAGUUGGGUGGUUUGACGAACCAGAAAAUUCAAGUGGUGCAAUCGGUGCAAGGCUAUCAGCAGAUGCAGCCUCAAUACGCGCCUUGGUUGGAGAUGCACUAGCUCAGCUGGUUCAAAAUACUUCAUCUGCAAUUUCUGGUUUAGUCAUUGCUUUUGUUGCAUGUUGGCAGUUGGCAUUUAUUGUCCUAGUACUACUCCCGCUUAUUGCAAUCAACGGAUAUAUUCAAGUAAAAUUCAUGAAAGGAUUUAGUGCAGAUGCAAAGUUGAUGUAUGAGGAGGCAAGCCAAGUUGCUAAUGAUGCAGUAGGGAGUAUAAGAACUGUUGCAUCCUUUUGCGCAGAGGAAAAGGUGAUGCAGCUUUAUAAGAAGAAAUGUGAAGGCCCUAUGAAAACCGGGAUAAAGCAGGGUUUAAUCAGUGGAACAGGAUUCGGAGUUUCCUUCUUCUUUCUGUUUUCUGUUUAUGCAACCAGUUUUUAUGCAGGGGCUCAACUUGUUGAGCAUGGUUAUACAACAUUCAGAGAUGUUUUCCAAGUUUUCUUUGCUUUGACCAUGGCAGCUAUAGGAAUUUCUCAAUCGAGCUCCUUUGCUCCUGAUUCUGGCAAAGCCAAGAGCGCUGCCGCUUCCAUAUUUGCGAUUAUUGAUCGCGAGUCUAAGAUAGACCCCAGCGAUGAGUCCGGAAUGAAACUAGAAAACGUGAAGGGAGACAUCGAACUUCAUCAUGUCAGCUUUAAGUAUCCAUCGAGGCCGGAUAUUCAAAUUCUUCGAGACUUGAGCUUGUCUAUUCGUUCCGGCAAGACUGUUGCAUUGGUUGGAGAAAGUGGGAGCGGGAAAUCCACAGUAAUCUCAUUACUGCAGAGAUUUUAUGAUCCCGAUUCGGGACGUAUCAGUCUCGAUGGUGUCGACAUCCAAAAGCUCCAAUUGAAAUGGCUGAGGCAACAAAUGGGACUUGUGAGCCAAGAACCUGUAUUAUUCAAUGAUACAAUCCGUGCCAACAUUGCAUAUGGAAAAGGAGGAAAUGCAACCGAGGCAGAAAUUUUAGCUGCAUCAGAGCUGGCCAAUGCUCACAAGUUCAUUAGUUCACUACAACAGGGUUACGAUACAGUGGUAGGGGAGCGAGGAGUUCAGAUGUCAGGAGGACAGAAGCAACGCAUAGCCAUCGCACGUGCCAUCGUUAAAAGCCCGCAGAUACUGCUAUUAGACGAGGCGACGAGUGCAUUGGAUGCUGAAUCGGAGAGGGUGGUUCAGGCUGCACUAGAUAGAGUGGUGGUGAACCGAACAACGGUGGUGGUGGCUCAUAGGCUAUCCACAAUCAAGAACGCGGACGUUAUAGCCGUGGUUAAAAAUGGGGUUGUUGUAGAGAAAGGAAAGCAUGAUACCUUGAUCAACAUCAAAGAUGGUUUCUAUGCUUCCUUAGUUGCACUUCAUAUGAGUGCUUCCACUGCAUAAAACUUCUUUAAUUAUAUAAAUAUAUAUAAUUUUUUUUAGUUUUUGAUAUUACCAUAAAUUUCAGUAAAUUUGUAUUAUUUUUUCUGUAACUCAUCUAAUGAUAUGCAAUUAUAAUCUAUAUUUCUAUUUUCAA